ACGUUAUUUGCCAAAUGCCAUUAAACUGCUUCACCAAGAACAAGAAGAAGACGUAGCACUAGGGCACUUUGAGGCCGCCAUAUUGCUUCGUCUUCCUGGUUUUGAAGGAGAGAGCGAGCGGAGAUGAAGGCGGUUCGGGGAUUCAGUCAAUUAUCGACCAGGUUUUACGCGGCGCAGGCUGCCCGUAAGGCGGAGACCACCAGGGCCGGCGAACAUGUUAAGUUUCAGCCGCAAGACGUGCAGGUGACCAGACUGCCCAGCGGAUUGGUGAUCGCUUCGCUGGAAAACUACUCCCCGGUCUCCAAGAUCGGCGUGUUUGUCAAGGCCGGCUGUCGUUACGAGACGCCCGACAACCAGGGCGUCACCCACGUCCUCCGAUUGGCCGCCAACCUGACUACCAAAGGAGCUUCAGCUUUCAGGCUAUGCCGGGGUAUCGAAGCAAUCGGAGGCAAACUGAGUGCGUCUUUGUCCAGGGAGAACAUGGUCUACACUGUUGACUGCUUGCGAGAUGAUGUCGACACGGUGAUGGAGUAUCUGAUCAAUGUGACGACGGCACCAGAAUUCCGACCGUGGGAGGUCUCCGAUCUCACGCCUCUGGUGAACGUUGACAAGACCCGAGCAGGACAGAAUGCCCAGAUCGCUGUGGUUGAAAGUCUCCACGAAGCCGCCUACAAGAACGCUCUGUGCAACUCUCUGUACUGUCCCGAUUACAUGGUGGGCAACAUCCUGUCGGAACAUCUGCACCAAUUUGUCCAGAAUAAUUUCACAAGUGCAAGGAUGGCUCUCGUUGGACUUGGUGUGGACCAUACUGUUCUGAAGCAAGUCGGAGAGCAAUUCCUCAACAUCCGCAGUGGCGCCGGAACGUCGGGUGCCCAAGCUCGGUAUCGUGGAGGUGAGCUUCGCCUGCCAAGUACCAGCAGUCUGGUCCACUCUGCGGUGGUGAGCGAGGCGGCGGCAUCGGGCACCGCUGAAGCUGUGGCCUUCAGCGUUCUGCAGCACCUGCUGGGGGCCGGUCCGCGCGUCAAGAGGGGCUGCAGUGCCACGAGCAAACUGGUGCAGGGGGUUGCCAAGGCAACUGCCGACCCCUUUGAUGUGAGUGCUUUCAACGUGAGCUACUCGGACUCUGGGCUGUUCGGUAUCUACAGUAUUUCCCAAGCAGGAUCCACCGGCACUGCCAUCAAGGCCGCGAUUGCCGAGGUGAACGCUGUCGCCGACGGCGGCGUCACGGCUGCCGACCUCACUCGGGCCAAGGCGUCGCUGAAGUCUCACUUGCUGAUGUCUGUGGAGACUUCCGAGGGUCUGCUGGAGGCCUUGGGCACGCAGGCUCUGGCUAGCGGCUCCUACAGCCCCCCUGAAGAAUUCGCCAAAAACAUCGACAACGUCUCCUUGACGGAUGUAGCCAACGCUGCCAAGAAGUUCGUGUCUGGCAAGAAGACCAUGGCGUCCACCGGGAACCUGGUCAAAACCCCCUUCGUCGACGAGAUCUAAAUCCCUCCUCCACCUCCCCGUUCGCCUCGUCAUUUCACUUCGUAACGGCAAAGCCGACUUGGUUUCCUCCGCUGUCACCAAAAGCCAAUUUACACGCUGUUGGGUCUGAGAUAUCUUCGGGAGAUUUUAUUUCCGGGUCGUCGCAACGUCCAUUUUCCAGCUCACAAACGGUAUGAUGUAUAGCUCAUGUAAAAUAAUGAAUAAAUUCUAUCUGGCUGGCA